AUGGAGGCCGUCGUCCUCAAGCUUCCCCCUUCUGCUCGAAUUUUCAAGACCAAUCCGAACCGUACGAACCACACGCUCCGCUCCGAGCUUAAUGGGAAAAGGAUCGUGUACCUGGACAACGCUGCCACGUCGCAGAAGCCUGAAGCUGUGCUGAAUGCUCUGCGGAGCUAUUACGAAGCUUACAACUCGAACGUGCAUCGUGGGAUUCAUUAUUUGAGCGCCAAGGCAACGGAUGAAUACGAACUAGCGAGGCAGAAGGUUGCGAAUUUCGUAAAUGCUACAGAGUGUAGGGAGAUUGUGUUUACGAGAAAUGCUACCGAGGCUAUCAACUUGGUCAUACUUACAGUAGCUGAACAUCACAGUGCCAUUGUUCCUUGGCAACUUGUUGCUCAAAAGACAGGUGCAGUUUUAAAGUUUGUAACUUUAACAGAAGAUGAAGUUCCGGACGUAGAGAAAUUGAGGGAAACAAUCUCGAGUUGGACAAAACUUAUUGUUGUUCACCAUGUCUCGAAUGUACUUGCUUCUGUUCUUCCAAUUGAACAAAUUGUAAGUUGGGCACAUGAAGUUGGCGCAAAAGUGCUUGUCGAUGCUUGUCAAAGUGUUCCUCAUAUGGUGGUUGAUGUGAAGAGCCUUGAUGCUGAUUUUUUGGUUGCUUCUUCCCAUAAGAUGUGUGGGCCUACAGGCGUUGGUUUUUUAUACGGUAAAAGUGAGCUCUUGUCUGCCAUGCCUCCUUUCUUGGGUGGUGGUGAAAUGAUCUCCGAUGUGUAUUUUGAACACUCAACCUAUGCUGAACCUCCAUCGAGAUUUGAAGCUGGAACACCAGCAAUUGGGGAAGCGAUUGGAUUAGGGGCAGCAAUUGAUUAUUUAUCAGGCAUUGGAAUGCAAAAGAUUCAUGCUUAUGAGGUAGAGCUAGCAAACUACUUGCACGAUAGACUCUCUUCACUACCUGGCGUUCAUGUCUAUGGCCCACCGCCUUCAAAAACAGUGAACAGAGCUGCUCUUUGUUCGUUCAAUGUAGAUGACAUUCAUCCAACGGACAUAGCCACUUUUCUCGACCAACAGCAUAGUGUGGCAAUUAGAUCAGGCCACCAUUGUGCUCAGCCCCUUCACCGUUAUUUGGGGGUGAACGCUAGUGCUCGGGCGAGUCUUUAUUUCUACAACACGAAAGAGGAUGUGGAUUAUUUCGUUAAAGCUCUCGAGGACACCAUCAACUUUUUCGGGUCUUUUAAGUGAGUGAGUGUGUGAAAGGCUUUGAGUUUUUGUUUCUUUUUUUCUUUCUUUUUACUCAAUUUUAGUCGUUACAUUUUCUUCUAUCUAUCAUCAUUUUUUUCAACUUAUAUUUUUAAAUCAAAUCAAUUGUGACUAAUACACUUAUUUUUUUUUAUCUUAAUCAUACUUCUCAAAUUAUUUAUCUUCUUCCCAUUAUUUUUUUUUCUCUAUAAUGGAGAUAAUAUGCCAAAAGUGAAAAUUUUCAUUAAGUACUAUUUCAUGCUAUUUGAAUCAAGAUUAUCGUGUAACUCGUGCUUGUUUGGUC